UAGUGGGUCAUUGGAUACUUUAAAGAGGAACACAAAUACUCCGUCAUUCCAGCUGAAUGGUUAGUCAGUACGGUUGUAAAUGGUGUUACUAGUUCUUUUUGCAAAUGGCCCUCACACAGAGUAACGACCAUGAUGUUGAUGAAGGGUGGUAAAACUUCGGAAAAAUGGAAAUCAUAUCCAGUAAGAAUAAUAGAUAAAUUUGAUUCAUAUGAAACCGCUGCUGCUAAAGAAAUAGAGAUAUUUAUGUCUGAAUCUGAAAAUGAUGAAGAAAUGUUAAGGCGAGGAAAAAGAUUAAAGGUUGAUAAUAAAAAAUAUACUCAAUCAUUUGAUUUUAAUGACAGUAGCAGCUCAAGCCAAGAAUGUGUUUCUAUGGGUGUUUAUAAAAAGGCAACUUCUGAAGAUAAUCAAAUAUCAAAUAAUUCUACUAUAUCUUGUAGUAAAUAUACUGACAUUAUAUCAACUGAUUAUAAAACAUUUUGCAGUGCAGUUGAAUCCUCGUUAAAUUUUUAAAAAAGCAAAACCACUACAUUUAUUGUCGAGAAGACAUUUUAAUCGUUACACUACCAGUAUUAAUAAAGAAAAAGUUGGCGCAAAUCAGUCUACAAUAAGUUCACCUGAAUUUAUAGUACCUACAAAAGAAUCUGUAGACAGUGAAGAUGUACCUCCAUCAGAUGAACAUGUACAUAGUAUUGAAGGCUUGGAUUUUCAACCAACUGACAUUAAUUUUGGUAAUAGUUAUAACGAUGUUAACAUGGAAUGUGGUAGUGAUAAUAUUGUAAAUCAAUUAUUUAAAAUUAGUGAUACACCAUUUAUUGAGAAUUGUUCUGGUAUCAAUAAAAAAUUAUGUAAAUUAAUUAUUAAGUAUAAAAUGUCUCAUAAUUGUGUCAAUGAAUUACUUGAAAUAUUAAGAUCUGAAGGGUUAGAUGUUCCAAAAGAUGUCAGAACAUUAUUAAAAACCCCCAAGUCCAAAUCUCACGAAAUCAUUCAUAUUGAAAAUGGGUCAUAUAUUCAUAUUGGAGUAGAGUUUAUGAUUAAACCAGUUUUACAAUUAUAUUUUGAUAGUUUAAUACAUUUGGAUACACUUUUGUUGAGUGUAAAUGUUGAUGGUUUAUCUAUUACUAAUAGUUCCAAGUCUAGUUUUUGGCCAAUUUUAAUUUCUUUUAUAAACAUACCUAGAUUAACUAAAAUAGUCUUACCAGUAGGAAUUUUUCAUGGCAAAAGUUCAAAACCUGGUUCAGUAUUUUCUUUUUUUAAUCCUUUUAUAUUAGAAAUGAUAAAUCUCUUUUCAAACGGGAUCAAUAUAAAUGGAAAAAAGUUUUUAUUUUCUAUUGGUCAAAUAAU